UCACUGUGCAUCGGCUAUGCUAGCUUUGCAUCCAUUUAUCUCUGAAAGUGGAGCUUCUGUUGAGUCCCCUGUAUCUGAAAUUGCAAUGCCGUUGAUUCCUCGAACUGCUAGACUUUGUGAUCAACUGAAGAUUUCUUCAGGCAGUGAAAAUGAACUUGACUCUGUUAAUGCUAAUGGUCCUCUCUCCUAUUGGCAUGGUCUUAGGGAUGGAUGUGUUGGCUUACUAGACUCUAGGCUGAGAUGGGGGGGACCAUUGGCAGUACAACAGGUGAUUGCUAGUGGUAUUCCUCUACAUCUUAUCGAUUUGUUAACCCCUAGUGCAUCUCAAGGAACUGGAAGCAUUGGAUUAUCACCUAUUGGAGUUGCUUGGACAGUAUCGUCAAUUUGUCACUGUCUGUCAGGUGGAGCUUUAACAUUCCGUCAGAUUCUUAUCAAAAGUGAACAUGUUAAGCUCAUCUCUGAUUUGAAUUCUGAUGUUUAUCUCAAGCUUGUGAAACAUUGGGAUGGACCUGGGGGAGGGAAGGGUGGAGUCAGAGACAUAAUAAAUGCUGUAAUUGAUCUUUUAGCAUUUCCUUUCAUUGCUGUACAGAAUACUCCAGGCUUGCUGUCUGCCACUGCCUCUGUAAACAGUGGGUUUAUUCUCAACACUUGUUCAGCUGGGGGCAGAGUAUGCAUGGAAGACAAGGAAAUGAUGAAAGCAAUUGAAGAGGACAUGGGAAAAUAUAUUAAAGUCCUUUUGGAGGUAGGGGUGCCUGGUAUUAUCCUUCAUUGCUUGGAUCACUUGGAGAUAAAAGAUUUGGGAAGACCUGUUGCCUUGCUUGCCAAGAUGGUAGGACACCGGCCUCUUGCACUACAACUUGUGGGAAAAGGCUUGUUGAACCCUAACAAAAUGCGAAGAUUGCUUGAUUCUUCAAGCCCAAGAGAGGUUCUACUUGAUGUUCUGAUGAUCAUAUCGGAUCUAGCACGUAUGGAUAAGGGUUUCUAUGAGUUUAUUCAUGGGGCUUCUAUUUUAGAGUCUUUGCGGGUAUUUCUCAUCCAUGAGGAUCCAAAUCUUC